UGCGCGCCCCCGCUGGACCUGCUGAAGUGAUUGCAUCCUGCGCGCGCUCCCGCAGCCUCCUGCACGAUCCCAGCACACCCAAAGAACAGCUGAUGUCAUGGACAGGGGUACACACGGCCGAUAAGGGAAACACUCCGCUCCACCUGCCGAUUGCUGCCUCAGGACCUCCAAGCCCUUUGGACAUUCUCCUUAGUGCAUCUCUAGUCUCUUACCGUCUGGUUGGUCUCUCCACCUCUCUGUGACCUUGGGAUGAACGCACCAAUGAGGAGCCUCACAGGUAUGCCUGAUCGCAUGUUAUGUGCAGUGCUGGAGCAAUUUCAGCUUUACUUUUCCCUUUGAUGUUGCCAGGCACAGGUGACCGAAUCACAGCUCCUGGUGUCUGUAGAGCAUAUUCUGCUGGCACCUUUGUGCUCAGUUUUGAAAUGAUUCACUCCCUGUAUAGCACGGCAAGCCCCAGCAUGCUGAAGAGGAAACAAAGCUCACGGGUCGAGGCCCAGCCUAUGACCGACUUUGGGCCAGAUGAGACUCUUGCAGACAGUGCUGACAUCUUCUGGAUCAACAAACCAUGGGUUCACUCGUUGCUCCGAGCCUGUGCCAUCGUCAGUGUCAUCUCUGUCUGUAUGAACACCCCAAAGACCUUUGAGCAUUACCCCCCGCUGCAGUAUGUGACUUUCACGCUGGAUACCCUGCUCAUGUUUCUCUACACAGCCGAGAUGAUUGCCAAGAUGCACAUUAGGGGAAUCAUCAAGGCAGACAACUCUUACGUGAAAGAUCGCUGGUGUAUGUUUGAUGGAUUCAUGGUGUUUUUCAUCUGGGUCUCCCUGGUGCUGCAGGUGUUUGAAAUAGCAAAGCUUGUGGAUCAGAUGUCUCCGUGGGGGAUGAUGAGAAUCCCCCGAGCGCUGAUAAUGAUCCGGGCCUUCAGAAUCUACUUUCGCUUUGAGCUUCCCCGCUCCCGCAUCACCAACAUCCUGAAGCGCUCGGGGGAACAGAUCUGGAGUGUCUCAAUCUUCCUGUUGUUUUUUCUCUUGCUGUAUGGAAUUCUGGGUGUUCAGAUGUUUGGAACGUUCAACCAUCACUGCGUCACAGAUGAUACUCAAAAAAAUCACGUUACGUGGAACAGCUUGGCUAUCCCCGACACACAUUGUUCCCCUCACGGAGAGGGCUACCAGUGUCCUGAUGGCUUCAAAUGUGUGGAUCUCGAAGACUAUGGGCUCAGCCGGCAGGAGCUUGGUUACAGUGGCUUCAAUGAACUAGGUUCGAGUAUCUUCACCGUGUACGAGGCUGCGUCCCAAGAGGGUUGGGUCUUUCUCAUGUACCGGGCCAUUGACAGUUUUCCUCGCUGGCGCUCGUACUUCUACUUUAUAACCCUCAUUUUCUUCCUGGCUUGGCUUGUCAAGAAUGUUUUCAUUGCUGUAAUCAUUGAGACUUUUGCUGAGAUCAGAGUACAGUUUCAGCAGAUGUGGGGAUCGAGGAGCAGUACCACCUCAACUGCUACAACACAGAUGUUCCAUGAAGAUGCCGCUGGGGGAUGGCAACUCGUAGCUGUGGACGUCAACAAACCACAUGGUAGAGCGCCUGCUUGCCUUCAGCAACUGAUGCGGUCAUCCGUGUUCCACAUGUUCAUCCUGACUAUGGUUGCUGUUGAUGUCAUUGUUGCUGCCAGCAACUAUUAUAAGGGCGAGAAUUACCGCAGACACUUUGAUGAGUUCUACCUGGCAGAGGUUGCAUUUACUGUUCUGUUUGACUUGGAAGCUCUUCUGAAAAUUUGGUGCCUCGGCUUUUAUGGUUACAUCAGCUCGUCUCUGCACAAGUUUGAAUCUCUGCUGGUGGUCGGCACCACUCUGCACAUCUACCCCGACCUUUAUCACUCCCAGUUCACCUACUUCCAGGUGCUACGUGUGGUGCGUCUAAUAAAGAUUUCCCCUGCUCUAGAGGACUUUGUCUAUAAGAUUUUUGGUCCUGGUAAAAAACUGGGCAGCCUAGUGGUGUUCACAGCCAGCCUUCUAAUUGUCAUGUCAGCCAUCAGCCUGCAGAUGUUCUGCUUCGUGGAGGAGCUGGACCGAUUUACGACCUUUCCAAGGGCGUUCAUGUCCAUGUUCCAGAUUCUCACCCAGGAGGGCUGGAUAGAUGUCAUGGACCAGACUCUGGUGGCUGUAGGUCAAGUGUGGGCUCCAGUAGUGGCCAUUUACUUCAUCCUCUACCAUCUGUUCGCUACCCUGAUUCUGCUGAGUCUUUUUGUGGCCGUUAUCUUGGACAACCUGGAGUUGGACGAAGACUUAAAGAAGCUCAAACAGCUCAAGCAAAGUGAAGCCAAUGCUGACACUAAAGAGAAGCUCCCUCUACGGCUCAGGAUCUUUGAAAAGUUCCCCAACAGACCUCAAAUGGUGAAGAUCUCCAAGCUCCCAUCUGAUUUCACCGUUCCCAGAAUCAGAGAAAGUUUCAUGAAGCAAUUUAUUGACCGUCAGCAGCUGGAUAACAACUGCUUGUUCCGACGUCUUCCCUCUGCCUCAUCCUCCUCAUGUGAUCACGCCAAACGAUCAGCCAUUGAGGACAACAAGUACAUCGACCAAAAGCUUCGCAGGUCAAUAUUUAGCAAUCGAGCACGCAACCUCCUGGAAAAAGAGACAACAAUCAAUAAAAUUCUCCGGGCUUGCACCACACAGCGAGUGCAGAGUGGGUCCUUUGAAGGCCAGCCAGCCAAAGAACGUUCCAUUCUCAGUGUGCAACACCAUAUACGGCAAGAACGCAGAUCCCUGCGACAUGGCUCCACUAGUCAGAGGAUCAGUCGAGGCAAGUCGUUAGAGACUCUCACACAGGAUCAUUCCAGCACAGUGCGCUACCGCAACUCCCAGAGAGAAGACAGUGAGAUAAAAAUGAUACAAGAAAAGAAAGAACAAGCAGAAAUGAAAAGAAAAGUUCAGGAGGAGGAUCUGAGAGAGAACCAUCCUUACUUUGAUAAGCCUCUUUUCAUCGUGGGUCGUGAGCAUCGUUUUCGAAACUUCUGCAGGGUGAUCGUUCGCGCUCGCUUCAAUGCAUCUAAAACUGACCCAACAAGAGCGGUGAAGAACACCAAGUACCACCAGCUCUACGAUCUCCUGGGCUUGGUGACCUAUCUGGACUGGGUUAUGAUUGUAGUGACCAUCUGCUCCUGCAUCUCCAUGAUGUUUGAAUCACCCUUUACCAGGGUCAUGCACGUCCCCACUCUGCAGAUCGGGGAGUAUGUGUUUGUGAUAUUCAUGAGCAUUGAGCUCAACUUGAAGAUCAUGGCCGACGGUCUCUUCUUCACCCCCACAGCUGUCAUCAGGGACUUCGGGGGAGUGAUGGACAUCUUUAUCUAUCUUGUGAGUCUGAUUUUUCUGUGCUGGCUCCCACAUGACGUCCCUCCCGAGUCAGGAGCUCAGCUGCUGAUGAUGCUGCGCUGCCUUAGACCGUUGAGGAUCUUCAAGCUGGUUCCUCAGAUGAGAAAAGUGGUGCGGGAAGUUCUUAAAGGGUUCAAGGAGAUUUUACUGGUUUCGAUUCUGCUUCUCACACUGAUGCUGGUGUUUGCGAGCUUCGGAGUUCAACUGUUUGCUGGAAAGUUGGCCAAGUGCAACGAUCCCCGUAUUCUCAGACGGGAGGACUGCCAUGGCAUUUUUCGAAUAAACGUUAGCGUUUCCAGAAACUUGAACCUGAAGCUUAAUUCUGAUGAGAAGAAACCUGGUUUCUGGGUACCAAGAGUCUGGGCUAAUCCUCGGAAUUUCAACUUUGACAAUGUAGGAAACGCCAUGUUGGCUUUGUUUGAAGUUCUGUCACUUAAAGGCUGGGUAGAAGUCCGAGAUGUCAUUAUCCACCGCGUUGGACCGAUCCAUGGCAUCUACAUCCAUGUGUUUGUGUUUCUGGGAUGCAUGAUCGGUCUCACGUUAUUUGUUGGAGUAGUCAUUGCCAACUUCAACGAGAAUAAAGGUACCGCUCUGUUGACAGUAGACCAGCGAAGAUGGGAGGAUCUGAAGAGUCGGCUGAAAAUAGCCCAGCCCCUCCACCUCCCUCCCCGUCCAGAAAAUGGAGGAUUCCGAGCCAAGAUGUAUGACAUCACUCAACACCCCUUCUUCAAACGAGGCAUCGCAGUGCUGGUGUUGGCACAGUCUGUCCUGCUUUCAGUCAAGUGGGACGUCGGUGAAAAUGGUGUGACUUUUCUACUCGCCACCAUCUCUGUAGUCUUUACUUUUGUAUUUGUCCUUGAGGUGACGAUGAAGCUGAUAGCCAUGUCGCCAGCUGGUUACUGGCAGAGCCGACGGAAUCGUUACGAUCUGCUUGUCACGUCGCUGGGCGUCAUCUGGAUAAUCCUGCACUUCUCCUUACUGAAUGCAUACACAUACAUGAUGGGCACGUGUGUGAUCGUCUUCAGGUUCUUCACCAUAUGUGGGAAACACGUGACGCUGAAGAUGCUGCUGCUGACUGUGGUGGUGAGCAUGUACAAGAGCUUCUUCAUCAUCGUGGGAAUGUUUCUCCUCCUCCUCUGCUAUGCUUUUGCUGGAGUUGUCCUUUUUGGAACAGUCAAAUAUGGAGAGAACUUAAACCGGCAUGCCAACUUCUCCACAGCAGGGCAAGCCAUCACUGUCCUCUUCCGCAUCGUCACAGGGGAAGAUUGGAACAAAAUUAUGCAUGACUGCAUGGUCCAGCCUCCUUUCUGCACCCCAGAUAAGCGUCGCUACUGGGAGACCGACUGUGGCAACUACGCCGGAGCGCUGAUUUAUUUCUGCUCUUUCUAUGUCAUCAUAGCCUACAUCAUGCUCAACCUACUUGUAGCCAUCAUUGUGGAGAACUUCUCCCUGUUCUACUCCACCGAGGAGGACCAGCUGCUGAGUUAUAAUGACCUGAGGCACUUCCAGAUCAUCUGGAACAUGGUGGAUGACAAACGAGAGGGCGUGAUCCCGACAUCCAGGGUGAAGUUUCUGCUCCGUCUGCUCAGAGGCAGGCUGGAAGUGGACCUGGAUAAGGACAAGUUGUUGUUCAAACACAUGUGUUAUGAAAUGGAACGACUUCACAGUGGAGGAGAUGUGACCUUCCACGAUGUGCUCAGCAUGCUGUCAUACCGCUCCGUGGACAUUAGGAAGUCUCUCCAGCUGGAGGAGCUGUUGGCCCGGGAACAGCUGGAGUACACCAUUGAGGAGGAAGUGGCCAAGCAGACCAUACGCAUGUGGCUGAAGAAAUGCCUCAAGCGCAUCCGAGCGAAGCAGCAGCAGUCGUGCAGCAUCAUUCACAGCCUGAGAGAGAGUCAGCAGCAGGAGCUGAGCCGCUUCCUCAACCCUCCCAGCAUAGAAACCACAGUGCCAAGCGAAGACCACAACACCCACAACACAGACAACCCCUCUCAGCCUGAGAUGAGUGGUCUCCAGCAGCUCCUGAGCCCCACGUUGUCAGACAGAGGAGGCUACAGGCAGGACUCCACCGACCAGGGGAGACCACAGAGGAAGCUGGGACAGUGGCGGCUGCCUGCAGGUCGCACAAGCGUCAAAUCUGUUGUCUGUAAGAUGAACCCCGUCAACGACGAGGCUUCGUCGGGGUCAGAGGUGAAGAAGUGGUGGACUCGUCAGCUGACCGUGGAGAGUGACGAGAGUGGAGACGACCUCAUAGACAUUUAGAGAUGAGUCCUCGCCUUCGGUACCCGCCACGAGCUGAUUCACUCAAAUAAGUGUGUGCGUGUGUGUUGGAUCAUCCAAUCGGAAGCCUUUUUGACACAUUGGCCAUUUUCUACACUGUUUGGGGUUGUGUUUCUUUCCCAGUGUGACAUCAUUGCUCACCUUUCUAUGCAGACACAUCUAGUAUUAAAGCAGAUGAUCCGAUUGACUCGUAUCCAUAACAACCUGCGUCUUUUCUACUGUUUGGGAUCAAUAUUAAAAACUGUGUUUAAACAGCUCUAUUAAUAUCUGUUGUGUAUUGAUGUUGAUGCUUCAUCUGUGUCCUACUGUGGUGUUCACACUGUGUUGCUUUUCUUAGUCACUUUAUACCUGAAGCAGACCUCUCGUUCCUGUCGGUAGAACAAGGAAGUUAUAGUAAAUUUAUGACUGUGAAUGUAAUUAAAAGUUGAAUCUUUAUGUAUUUGUGCAGCACUAAAACACAAACUAUUUUGUAACUUAUUAGAGAUUCUUAUCUUUAUCAAGUAUUCAGCUAUUAUAAUAAAAGCCUGUUUGGCAUUUAUGAGAUGAAACUUGGUCGUACUGGAUUUCUUUACACAUUUUUUACAGUUUAAGCAGCUGUUUUUAGAAUAAAAUCAGAAUUAACUCUUAUUUUUUUUACAUCUUUUUAAUGUAUUUGUUUGGCAAAUGUUCUUUAUUUAAAGAAAAUAUGAGCUGACUUAUGUAUUAUUGUAAUGCACUGCAAAUAGCCUUUGAGUUACACUUACAAAUUAAUAAAACAUCAAAUGUCUUUUUUCUUAAA